AUCUCAUCAUCAAGAGGAGGAACAUCAUCUUGGGCCAAAUGGCAGCCAACAGGGUAACGGUGAAUCUGGUGAAGCUGGCUCUUCUGGUGGUACUUGUGGUUCUCACCAAUGCAUUCCCAACCACAGAGGACACGGACACAGAGGACACAAGUCUUUCUCAGGUGGGACAUCGCUCAGCUUUCGCCGCUCUGGACGAUGUUCGGCUCAUAGCGAACGGUCUCCUGCAGCUCGGCAAGAACCUGAGGGACUUCGUCCAGAAGACAAAGGGACAGAUCAACGACAUCCUGCAGAAACUCAACAUAUUCGACAAGUCCUUCUACCAGCUGUCGGUUCUGGCCAGCGAGAUCAAAGAGGAAGAGGAGGAGCUUAAGAAGACCACUGUGGUCCUCAAAGCCAGUAACGAUGAGAUCAAGAGUCUGUCGCUGGAGAUAAACUCGAAAGUGGAGGACAUCAUGAAGGAGAGGAUCCAGCUGAGGAACCAGGUCGGGGGUCUGGAGGAGAAGUUGAGUGGGAUUUCUCAGGGUCUGCUCUCAGCAGAUCAGGUAGCAGAAAUUUCAGCACUUAAGGAGGUGAUCCAGGUCCAGGAGAGGAGCAUCUCAGAGCUGCUGAAGGCUGUGAAGGAGCAAAGUGAGCAUCUCAACUUCCAGAAGAACAAGAUCAAGGGACUGGAGAAUAAGCUCAACUCUGCCAGCCAUCAAGAAACUACAGCUAAACUCCGAUGGGACUCACAAACCUACAGCAUGUCGGAUUAUCUCACCAACUAUUCCACUGAUGGAAGUUUCUCCAGUGAUUUCCCGAAGGACUGCGGCGAGGCUUUCAGCAUGGGGGAGAACGCUAGUGGGCUGUAUGCAAUCAAACCGAACCAAUCAGAAGCUUUUCUUGUGCUCUGUGAAUUCACUGAAGACGGAGCGUUCACGGUGAUCCAGCGCAGGCAGGACGGCUCUGUGGAUUUUAACCUGCCCUGGCAGAGCUAUGAGGACGGAUUCGGAGACUUCAGGAGUGAGUUCUGGCUCGGCUUGAGGAAGAUCUUCUCCAUCUCUCAGCAUGGUGGCUCUCUCCUGCACGUUCAGAUGGAGGACUGGAAGCAGGAGAAGCAUCUGAUGGAGUUCCAGUACAGACUGGAGGGUCCUGCCUCCAACUACACCAUCCACCUCCGACCAGCCCACCUGAGCACUGAGACCGACACCCAGACAGGAAUGAGGUUCUCCACUAAAGACCACCAUGAUGAAAAUAACUCCAGGAGCUGUGCUCACGACUACACAGGAGGCUGGUGGUUCAGCACUUGCGAUGACAUCAACCCGAAUGGGAAAUGCAUCCAGAGCAGACCCCGCAGGAAGCACAAUAAGGGACACGUCCAAUUCAAGUCCUCUCAAAUCUCUAUAUUUCAUGCUAAAAAGACUUAAUUCCACUUGUAGUGUGAAAAGACACUGGUAUGAUACAGGAUCUGAGUUCCUGUUAUUCAAUAGGGGCAGUUUUAGAGUUUUAGCACUGGACCUAAGUAGACAACGGACUACAAACCCCAUCAGCCUGCAGAAAAAUGUGAAAUGAACUGAGAUAUAUUGUUCUGAAAUACACUGAAUACAAAUGUGAAGUAGAAUAAAAAAAUACAUAAAAAAAAACUGGGAAAGUU